GCAUCAGACUGCGGGGCAAGGGAGAAAGGGUUAGAACUUAAAGACGGAAAUACGUAAAGCAGAGAAGGCGCAAGGAAGAGGAAAAAGCUGCCCUCCUUUCCUUCCAUUCCAACUAAAAAGCUACAAAACUUUCAGAUGGGACAAUCACGAGACGUCCCUGAAAUCCCCCCACUCUGUGUUCAUCAUCUUUCAUCUUUCCAUGCCAGUUCCAAAACCCACCUCUAAUCUCAUCACAUCAACCUCCACUCCACAAUGUCUGUCAUCUCUCUCAACUCCCUCCUGCAAUUUUGCAGUUCGGCCAUGAAAGCUUGAAACCUUCUCCCUGUUUCUUUCCUACGUUUUGAAUCAGUUCAUGCACUUCCUGAAAUGGCCCUCUCUCUUGAUCACUGCAUCCUCCGUUUCUUCUUUCCUUGGGAAAAAAGUUAGUUAUUAGUAUUGCAAUGGCUGGUUCUUGGUUCCCUGCUUUCUGCCAUGGGAAACCCAGGAGCAAACGAAGAUUAGCAGUACCUUCCGUGUCGUCGAGAGGGCACCAGUUGAACUCCGAGACCAUGGAGAGGAAGAGGUUCGACAGCUUGGAAUCCUGGUCCAUGAUACUGGAGUCUGAGAACGUGGAGACGUGGGAGGCCUCUCCCAAGGAAGACCAAGAGGAGUGGACAGCCGACCUCUCUCAGUUGUUUAUAGGGAACAAGUUCGCCUCUGGGGCGCACAGUAGGAUAUAUCGAGGAAUCUACAAGCAGAGAGCAGUUGCUGUUAAGAUGGUCAGGAUCCCGAACCAGAAAGAGGAGACUAGAUCUCUCCUCGAGCAGCAGUUCAAAUCUGAAGUUGCUUUGCUCUCCCGGCUCUAUCAUCCCAAUAUCGUGCAGGUAACUGUUUCCUCCUUUUCUUCUUUCUUGUGGCUUAAACAAGAUCUUAGCAAGUAUGAUACCAGCCUAGGGAGUGAGAAACUGAGAAUAAAUGUAUAGGUCACUUCUGCAAUCACUGAACUCUAGAUCUAGUUCUCUAAAACCUAAAUUGUCAGAACCAUGGACAAUUGCUCAAUCCUCCUACUGUUCUUGUCGUUGCUGUAUAUUAUUCAGUUCAUUGCUGCAUGCAAGAAGCCCCCUGUGUACUGCAUCAUCACCGAGUAUAUGUCACAAGGAACACUCAGAAUGUACCUCAACAAGAAAGAGCCCUACUCUCUAUCAACAGAGACAAUCCUGAGGCUAGCUCUCGACAUAUCACGUGGGAUGGAGUACCUUCAUUCACAAGGUGUAAUUCACAGAGACUUGAAAUCAAACAAUUUGCUUCUGAACGAUGAGAUGCGGGUUAAGGUGGCAGAUUUUGGUACCUCAUGCCUAGAGACACAAUGCCUGGAGACUAAAGGAAACAAAGGCACUUAUCGGUGGAUGGCUCCGGAGAUGAUAAAGGAGAAACCUUACACUCGUAAAGUCGACGUCUAUAGCUUUGGGAUUGUCUUGUGGGAGCUCACCACGGCUUUGCUUCCAUUUCAAGGAAUGACUCCAGUCCAGGCCGCAUAUGCAGUGGCUGAGAAGAAGGAACGACCCCCGCUUCCAGCGAGUUGUCAGCCUGCACUUGCACACUUAAUCAAGUGUUGUUGGGCUGCUAAUCCAUCAAAGCGGCCAGAUUUCAGAGACAUUGUCUGUGCUUUGGAGAAAUAUGAUGAAUGCGUGAAAGAGGGUCUUCCUCUUACUUCACAUGCCAGACUAGUUAGCCGCAACCUCAUUCUUGAACGGCUGAAAGGCUGCAUAUCUGUCAGCUCAUCAUCCUCACCAUCAACAUCAUCAUCAUCAAUACCUGUACAUGCAUAGCUAUCCCAUCUUGUCGCAAAGCUACAACAACAGAAGCAGCACACCACAUUCCCCAAGAGCUAAGAAAGAAGCUUUACCACAUGAGGGAAGGGUUUGAAGACACAUCUCAACCCCCUUCGAAAAAAUAAAUUUUUUGGUUUGGGGUUUGCUUCACUUGGGUAGGGGGAUCUGGCAUCUGGACCAAGUAGAAGCAGGAAAACAUUAACGCCAGGGACGAUGAUUCCCCAAACAAAGCACUUCAUUGUUUGGAUUUCACUUUCAACUGACUAGUGACUAGUAUGAUUGAUGUAAAUGUAAAACCUAGAUGUCUCUUGUAAUGAAUAUCAGAAAAGAUGCUAAACAAAAAGAAUAAUAGAAGGUAAUGUUCAUAACAAAGAAGCCGAACA